AUGAAAGCCAGACUAAUAAUUUAUAUUUCCUUAAUAAUUCAACUAGUGAUCCCUCAUCAGAUUCAUAAACGUGAAUUUGAGAAAGAUCAAUGCAGUGCCAACAUAGGUUUAGAAGUGAUAUGGAAGCAAUGCCUCUGCUUCCCUGUUGGCUCGGAUCAUGCUUUGCACAUAAUUUGUCAGCAAAUGACUUCUGCUACAGUCCCACCCAUUCUCGACAGUGAAAAAGAAAAACAGCCUAAUGACUUAGAUAUUGUAGCUCUUUCCAUGACAGACGGUGCACUAGCAUUCAUUCAACAGGAUGCAUUCAAACACUUCAACAUACAAACUCUGGAUUUUUCUAAUAAUCAGAUACAAACAGUUAACGUCAACGCUUUUCGGGGACUGGAGAUGAAGCUGACCAUGCUUAACUUGAAGCAUAAUAACCUUUCCGUCAUACCAGCCUGGGCUUUGACAUAUUUACAUCAGCUUCAGUUUUUGCAUUUAGAAAACAAUCGUAUCACUCACGUUAGGCCCAACACUUUUGACGAAACACAGUUAAACAGUUUACAAUUUCUCCACCUCGAUCAUAACAAGCUCAAAAUAAUCCCGAAUUUAUCCUUCCAACGAUUACGACUCAUAGUUCUGACAUUAGCGAAUAAUCGAAUUUUGGAGAUAGAAAAGAUGUCUUUGCCUCCAACACUCAGUUUUCUAGAUCUUAGGAAUAACUUAUUGACCGGAAUUCCUUUCUUAGCAUUGAAAGAUUUGGGUGAUUUACAAACCAUCAACAUAGAAGGUAACAACAUCACCCUGUUGGGGUUCCACCAAGAAGUGCAGUUUAAAAACGAAAUAAACGUUAUUUUACGGAACAAUAAAAUACGAUGGCUCGACGAGAAUUCUUUCCGUAGUUUUCGGAAAAUGAAAGAAUUAGACCUUAGCUAUAACCAGAUAGAAAGGAUACAUCAGAGUUCUUUCGAGACCGUUUCUACUAUCAGGAACCUGGAUCUUAGCUACAACCAGAUUGCAUACAUACCUCAUGGCACAUUUAAAAACUUUGCCAAAAAUAUGGAGAAACUAAACUUAGAGGAGAACAUAAUUCACACUCUACCAGACGCUUUGAGAGAUUUACAUAGUUUAAGUCAUUUAAACUUGAACGGCAACAAACUGAACAAAUUGGACCCAAAUUCCCUACAUGGAGUGAAGAAAACGAUCACCGAGCUUCUUCUAGCUUACAACCAAUUGAAAGAAAUACCAACAGCACUAUUGAAUGGAAUGGAGAAACUGCAGCACCUCGACUUAUCGAAAAAUAAAAUUGAAAGUAUUGAAAAACUAGCGUUUGGUACUUUUGAUGGUACUGGCACUAGCCUGAUAAUACUCAAUCUUGCUGGAAACAAUAUCAGAAACAUUUCCGAUCCUGGAGUCUUUUUGUAUAUGAGCACAUUAGCUUAUCUGGACCUAUCUUACAACUCGAUUGAGCAUCUCGGACCAAAAGCUUUCGAAAAGUUGCCAGGGCUAGAGAAGCUGUUUUUACAAAACAACAAACUAAAAAACUUCCCAUUGUCUGCAUUAUACAAUAUGCACAAGCUCCGGCAUCUUGUUUUAGACAACAACAAAAUCAACCAUCUUCCUGCUUAUGCAUUGGGAGAUGUGCAAAAGUUAGAACAUUUGUCGUUAGCGCACAAUAUCAUCUCAAGGAUAGACGAAAAGAUGUUUCAUUCUAGUAGUACCAGGGAACUGAAGUCAUUGAACCUUGCUAACAACAAAAUAGAACAUAUCAGCUCUGAAGCGUUCGCAAACUUAGAAAACUUGCAAUAUCUUAGGCUAUCGAACAACAGGAUUAGAAUUUUGCCCCAGAGAUGUUUUACACGACUCAAGAACUUGAGACUACUAGAUCUGUCGGAGAACAGAUUGAUCAGAACAACUCAAUAUGCUUUUACUAAUCUUCCAUCUAUCGAACACAUCCUACUGCAUCAUAAUGCAAUUGAUACAUUGGAAAAAAACAGUUUCCAUUUGAUCCCCAAAAUAGAUGGACUUCAGCUGAACAAGAACAAGCUGCGCAAAAUCAACUGCGAGUUUCUUGGUAGUGUGAAUAGCAUGUCCUCUUUGGACUUAUCUCACAAUAAUAUUAAUCAGUUCGAACUUAGCUGUGUAAAACGUAAUUUACUGAGCUUGAACUUGGCAUAUAACAACUUGCAAAGUGUGAAGAAAGAAAUGAUGGAAGAUUUUGAAGAAUUAACAGAGUUAUCUCUGAGUCAUAAUGGUAUCUUAGAGAUACAAGCUACUGCACUACAAAACUGUCCCAAACUCAACAUAAUUGACUUCUCCCAUAAUCAUAUCCGAACAAUUUGGAAGAAUACAUUUGCAAGCCAGAAGAUGAUUGGUAAACUCGAUUUGAGUAGUAACGCUUUGAUAGCCUUGCAGAGAGGGUUCCUAGGGAAACAAAACAUUCUUCAUAUUAAUUUAGCGCACAAUGCUUUUAAUAGAGUACCCAUAGAAGCUCUCGAAACAUCUUCUGCCAGCCUCUCCUCACUGAACAUGGAUCACAACCAAAUAAAGACUGUGGAUUCCCCUCAAUUAGUAGGGUUGAAAAACAUAUCAACCUUAUCAUUAUCCAACAAUCAAAUCGAUUCAAUAGAAGAAGCAGCAUUCGAACAUCUGACAAGUCUUCAGAACUUAGAUAUCAGCCAUAACCCUGUCACCUCGUGGAGUCCAACAGCUUUUAAGGACUUGAGCCACUUCAUAGUCAGUAUCAACUUAGCUGAUACAGGGCUGUUCUCUAUUCCAAAACUGAAUCAUAGAUCAAUUAGGAACAUGAACAUUAGCCAUAACAAAAUAUACGAGCUGAAACCUAAAGAUCUGGCAGCUGUAUCAAAAGUUACCACUUUGGAUAUAUCAAACAACAACUUGAAAACAAUAGACCCUUCGACAUUCGAAGAUUUGGCCGACUUGAAAGAUUUGAACAUUAGUAAUAACCAAAUAACCCAUAUACAGGAAGAUCAUUUGAGAUACCUUUAUCAGUUAGAAAGUUUAUGUAUGGAAAACAUGAACUCCUUGAUACGCCUUCCUGAGCCAUAUGCAUUUGCUCAUUUAACGAAUUUGAAACAUUUAAGGCUUACGGGGAUACCGGACGAAGCAACUCCAUACAAUAUUUCUCAAAUAAUGCAACAUCUAACCCCAUUAUCAUCAUUGCACAUCGAGAUCAAAGAACCAGUUUUGAACACCCAAUUAUAUUAUAUAGACAAACGACUAUUGAGAGAUCUACAAAUUAUAGGUAAAAACUUAACUAGGAUAGAAGUGGGUGCUUUCCAUGGGAUUCGCGGGUACAAGUUCUAUUUAAGUAUUCAAAACACUUCCAUUGAAAGUUUCCCAUCUGGAAUCUUCAAUACUCUAACAAGCGUUCAUUAUCUCGCUUUAUCGUUAGCGAAUAACAGGUUAAAUACACUAGAACCAUUCAAACAUUCUUUGCCCCCAGCGAUCAACCAACAUGGAACGAUACUACAGUAUCUCUCUAUCCAGAAUAAUCUAUUUGAAUGUGACUGCUCGUUAGCUUGGUUGGCUGAAUGGAUCGAUCAAAAACCUGACCAUCACAAAGAGCUGGACACAAUCUUUUAUAAGAAUAAAAACGUACCACAUCAAGCUCUUGAUAUCUAUGUUCUCCAAAAGUGA